AUGAACAAUGAUGAUGAUAUCUUUCAAGCAGCAGAAUAUUAUAAUGCAUUUAUGAUGAAUUUAUCUUCAAUAAAUCCUACUGCUAAAGCUACGUUAUGGAUGGGUGACCUUGAUCAUUGGAUGGAUGAGCAUUUUCUUAAAGAACUUUGGGCUGCUUAUGGAGAAGAAGUAACCGUUAAAUUAAUUCGGGACAAACGAACAGAUAUUAGUGGCGGCUAUGCUUUUAUUGAAUUUACGUCAACUUACGCUGCACAAAAAGCAUUAGCAACAAUUCAUGGAACAAGAAUACCAAAUUCACUCAAGACAUUUAAAUUAAAUUGGGCUUCUGGUGGUGGAAUAUGUGAUAGAAAAGAAGAUCGAACGCCAGAAUAUAGUUUAUUUAUCGGUGAUUUAAGUCAAGAAAUGAAUGAAACUUUUCUAUUAUCUUUCUUUAGAGUUAGAUACCCUUCUUGUCAUUCUGCUAAAAUCAUGACAGAUCCACUCACUGGGCUAUCAAAGGGCUAUGGCUUUGUUCGAUUUCUAAACCAGCUGGAACAACAGCAAGCUGUAAUAGAGAUGAAUGGAGUCAUUUGCAACAAUCGUCCUAUUCGUGUUUCAUUCGCUACACCCAAAUCCAAUUAUCAUACAUCACCCAUAUUCAUCCCUAACCACCAUACAAGAUAUAUGCAGCUUGCAUUGCAGGCACCCGCUCUUGUUAAUCAGCCUACUGAUCCCAACAACACGACAGUCUUCGUUGGCGGCCUUUUAUCACCCAUUACAGAACAAGAGUUGGCUCAAUAUUUUGCCCCCUUUGGUGACAUUGUUUAUGUCAAGAUACCGCCAGGUAAAGGAUGUGGCUUUGUGCAGUAUGUGAGUCGAAUAUCGGCUGAACAGGCAAUCGAACGAAUGAAUGGCUUCCUGAUUGGUCAUUCAAGGAUUAGAUUAUCUUGGGGGAGAUCAAAUAAGAAGAGUAUCAAUAGUGAGUCAACAAGUCCAUCUUCUUCUUCUACUUCUUCAUCACUGAAUACGACAAUGAUGCUUCGUUCAUUAUCUCCUCCUUCUUCAAUAUUUAGUAGUUCAAGUAUCUAUGACUCACAGUCGUCUACACAUAAUUUAUUGUUUCGUUCUUCCUCGAUGUAUAAUCAUGAUUGGAUAUUAUUGCAACAACAAAAGCAAGAUAAUGAUGAUGAUAAUAAUUUAUUUUAUUAUUAA